AUGACCGGUCAUACAUGAAAACAGGGCAGAAGAGUAUAGGGAGGUGCAGUGAGCUUCCGGGAAGCCUGAAAGUUAGAACCGUCAUUACUCGGACCAAUAUUGUAGGUAGCUAAAUGGGGAGUACCCGCGAAAGGCGCAGAAGAAGAAUCACCAAUGGAUCAGGUCCGAAGGGAGUAAAGAUGAGCAGUAUAGGAGAAGAAAGGAGGACCAGAAAACGAGAGGUGAAGAAAGGGAAAGGAUUUGAAUACUUAACACAUCCCGAAAAAUACUCCAUAGAUGUCAAAGCUAUUAGACAAACACAAUCUCUAAAUACUAUGUCUCUUGACGAGCUGAUGGGGAACUUAGAAACCAUUGAGUUGGAGAUGCAAGAAGAUCUACGGCGUAAAAAGCAGCAUGUCAUCCUCGUUGAAAAAGAGAAGCAGUGUGUUAAAGACAGUGCUGGAACAGGCUGUGCUUUUCCAACUUUCCAUAGUGUUGACAGUGACUCUGAUAGUGACGUGGAUCCAAAGGAGAUGCUUAUAAUUGUUGAAGAAAAAUUUCAAGAGUCUCUACGGGUCAACAAGAAAAAAAGUUUGGAAAAUGAUAGCCUCAAACGUGAACUUGCUGAAUCAAAACGCGAUGUGGAACAACUCAUCAAAGAGUUACGGAGAUACAAAGGUAAAGUUAUAGCAGAGGAUGACACAGAGGAUGAUACAGAAGUUGACACAGAGGUUGACACAGCAGAAGAGCUAGCUAUUCUCCAAAGGAAGUGGGUAGAACUUGUUCAAGCCAACCAGAAAACUGUCCUGGAGAAUCAUCAGCUUGUUGACGAGCGCAAUAGACUAAAGGAGAGUUCUGAAAGCAACAAGACCCCACUUGACUUGUUUGUUGAUCAAAGAAAGGAAGUUGCUCAAAAGACCCCACAAAGAAGGAAACUAGAAGCUGCUGAAUCUGCUGGAACAUCUUCUGCCAGACCCGCUGAAGCAUCUCAUGAAGCUUCUGCUAGAACAAUUUAUGCAGCACCCUAUGCAAAAAGGCAAAGAGUUGUGACCCAAUCUAGUAUGAGAAGACACAAGGAUCAUUAUGCUAAACCCGAAAGGGUGAGGGACAAAUUCAAUGCCAUGCCAAACCAGCAACUAUAUACCACUAAGGCAUGGUAUAAAUGGCUACAAGGGGAUAAGACGAAGCCUGAAUGGAGGCAUUGGGUAUGGAAUAGUUUGACUCCUCCUAAAUUCAGGUUUAUAGGAUGGCUGUUCUGGAAAAAGAAGAUACAAAUGAAAGAAAGGAUGGCUAGAUUCCUGAAUCUAAGUGCAGAGUGUGAAUUGUGUGGUAACGCAACUGAAACCCAGGAUCACCUCUUCUUGGAGUGCGAAAGAGUGAAACCAGUAUUCCAAAACAUCAUGGAAAUGUUCAACAUAAAGCUUAGACUCGGGACUGGAAUUGAGGAAGAGAUACAGAGAUUCAAGGGGGGGGGGGGAAGGAAAAUAGGAUUAUGCUGGCCAUUUGGGGUACGUAUGUUUACUUCAAAUGGAAAUGGAGGAACGAGAUGAGGCACCAAAGAAGGAAGACAAUUGAAGAAGUUCAAGUCCAAGCCAGCCAAUAUGUUAGAAGUUAUCUUUAUUAUAUGAAAGCCAUGUCUUAAAUAUUUGUGUUUGACUGUUGGAUGUUUGCCGCUUGUACCCAAACUUUGUAUUGGUAAUAAAGCUUGUGUUUAUGU